AUGAGGACCAUCUGCAGAACCUUUGGAGCAGAGGAAGACAUGGUGCUCUGUGAGAUGCUGGGGAGGCCAGAGUUUCCUCUGUUGUCUAAGGAAGGAGAUAUCACUAUUGGAGGAGUUUUCUACAUCCAAAAAGAAAUGAUGAAGCCUUCGCUUUCCUUCACAGAUGCUCCAGAACCUCUCAUAUGCUCCAGGAUGAAAAUGAGACAAUUUCACUUCGUCCAAACAAUGAUUUUUGCCAUACAGGAGAUCAACAAUAGCAGCUCUCUGCUGCCUAAUAUCUCAAUUGGUUAUAAGGUGUUUGACAACUGUGCUUCAACACUGUAUUCUUCGAGUGUGCAGAACUUAACUGGGCUGCAGUGGGUGGGCAGUGAGUCUUGGAUUACGGAAAGUCCUCUGGCCACCAAGGGGUACUCGGGAAUCCUGACAGGAUCUCUGGGCUUCACCCUUCGAAAAGCAAAGAUCCCAGGCCUGAGAGAAUUUCUUUUGCAGGUUAACCCAAGUCAAGACCCUCAUAAUAAUCUGGUGAGAGAGUUCUGGGAAGCCACAUUUGGUUGCAGUUUCCAACCCAGUCUGCAUGGUCAGGCCCAGUGCUCUGGUUCUGAAAGACUAGAGGACAUCAACAAUCCUUUCACAGAUGUGUCAGAACUAAGGAUAUCCAACAAUGUGUAUAAGGCUGUGUAUGCUGUGGCUCAUGCCUUGCAUAACAUGUUGAAAUGUGGACAAAGUGGUGAAGCGGUGAAUCAGUCCUGUAUCUGGAAAGAUUUUUUAGAGCCAAAAGAGGUUGUGAAACACCUCCAAGAUGUGAAUUUCACCCUUCAGUCAGGAGAAACUGUGGGUUUUGAUGAAAACGGAGACCCUGCAGCAACUUAUGAGCUGUUGAACUGGCAAAGAAACCAAGCAGGAGAUACUGUGUUUGUGGCUGUAGGGAGCUACGAUGCCUCACUACCGAAUGGAAAGCAGUUUAUCAUGAACGGAAUAAACACAACAUGGGCUGCCGGAUCCCCAAAGAGGCCACAGUCUGUCUGCAGUGAGAGUUGUCUGCCAGGUUUCCGGCAGGCUGUGAUUAAAGGCAAACCCAUCUGCUGUUUCUCCUGCAUCGCCUGUGCUGAUGGAGAGAUCAGCAACUCCAGCAAUUCUGCCGAGUGUUCACGGUGUCCACUGGAGUACUGGUCAAAUGAAGAUCACAGCCAGUGUGUUCCAAAGGUGAUCGAGUUCCUAUCUUACGGAGAAACCAUGGGCGCCCUCCUCGCUGCUUUCUCAUUGGUCGGAGCAAGUUUAACACUGGGGAUAUCAUGUGUCUUCUUUCGCUUUCGUCACACACCGCUCAUCAAAGCCAGUAACUCUGAGCUGAGCUUCCUGCUGCUCUUCUCCUUGACUCUUUGUUUCCUGUGCUCUCUGACCUUCAUAGGCCGGCCCUCUGAGUGGUCCUGCAUGCUACGACACACAGCAUUCGGCAUCACCUUUGUCCUGUGCAUGUCUUGUAUAUUGGCUAAAACCAUGGCAGUGGUGAACGCCUUUAAUGCUAAUAGGCCAUCGAACACAGUUCUUCAGUGCUCUGCUCCGCUUCAGAGAACAAGCGUUCUCAGCUGUACUUUACUGCAGGUGUUAGUUUGUGUGCUGUGGUUAACUCUUGCCCCGCCAUUCCCCUACAAAAAUACAGCUCAUGCCACUGAAAGGAUUAUUCUAGAGUGUGAUUUAGGUUCACCUAUCGGGUUCUGGGCUGUGCUGGGGUAUAUAGGACUCCUGGCUGUACUCUGCUUCGUCUUCACUUUUCUGGCUCGAAAGCUGCCUGAUAAUUUCAAUGAAGCCAAAUUCAUCACCUUCAGCAUGCUGAUAUUCUGUGCAGUCUGGAUCACAUUUAUCCCAGCGUAUGUCAGCUCUCCUGGGAAGUUCACUGUGGCUGUGGAGAUAUUUGCUAUUUUAGCCUCCAGUUAUGGACUACUUCUCUGUAUAUUUGCACCAAAGUGCUUUAUUAUUGUUCUCAAACCUGAAUUGAACACAAAAAAAACAUCUGAUGGGGAAAACAGGAUCCCAUUAAACAUGAAUUAAAUAACAGUCUUUGACUUUUUUAUUUCUAGACUUGUGGCUUGGUUUCAAUUUGGAAGUGACCCCAGAAUACCUUUCAUGAUAACAUAUAUAUUAUUUAGCUUUCUUUUUUCUGUAUCAAAAUAUAAAAAAAGCAACAAAGCAGCUGUAAUGUUUUUUCUUUUUCGAAGUCAAUUCAACAUUGUUGACCCUCCGCGACCCCUAAUGGGAUAAGCUGUUGCAGAUGAUGGAUGAUGAAUUUGCAUUUCAUGUGAAAAAAAACAACAACUUUAAAAAACAUCUUUAGCACACCUGACUCAUUGAUCUUUUAUCUGACUAAAGAUUGUUAGAAUCGGUGGCCCCGACCAUGGCUCUGAAAUAUCAGUAGCCUAACUGUACUGUGUAUUGGUAAAUCCAUGACGCGGUCCAUGGUGCUGAACUUGCAGAUGGAUUUGUAAUUCAGACUUUUUAUCUGUGUCUGUUCUGUUUUACCUUUUUCAUUGUUAUAGAUUUGGCAAAUAAAAAAAAUCCAUCUUUGAAACAAACUUGUUCAUAUUUUCUCUUUCCAGCUAA